UUCUAAUAUGAUGAUUUUCUCUUAUCUACCUCACGAGUGGAAGACCGAUGUCCUUUCCGGCCCACAUCGAUGAUGGUUCUCGACCGAUGUCCUUCCUUUCCGGCCCACACGUGAGGGGCGUAUAUGGUUCUCGACCGAUGUCCUUCCUUUCCGGCCCACAAGUGAGGGGCGUAUUAAAUUCUCUAAAAAUUCUGGCCCCUCCCCCUUUUAAGGGAGGGGUGAGUGGCCCAUUUCUAAUAGCGCGAUCUUCAUGGCGGCCGAGAGGUUCAAGGUGGUGGCGCUGGUGGCGGCUGUCAUGUGCUUGUGCAGCGCAGAUAGAGUCGUCAUGUCGGUCGUCGUUGUCCCCCUUGCCGCCAAAAAUGGCUGGACCAGUUCCUUCUUGGGCAUUGUCCAGUCAUCCUUUCUGUGGGGAUAUAUGUGUUCCUCAGUUAUAGGAGGAGCUUUGGUGGAUAAACAUGGAGGACGAAAAGUUCUAGCAAUCGGUGCAGCUUUGUGGUCUCUCGCCACUCUCCUCACUCCAUGGGCGGCAAUUCACUCCACGACUGGUCUCUUGGCUGUUCGUGUCUUCUUUGGCCUCGCUGAAGGUGUAGCUCUACCCUCGAUGAAUAAUAUUCUCUCGAGAUGGUUCCCGACUAAUGAAAGGGCCACUGCAGUGGGAAUGUCAAUGGGAGGUUUCCAGCUAGGGAACGUCCUUGGAUUGGUCGUAACACCUCUGGCCAUAUCGUCUGUAGGGAUCUCCGGUCCUUUCAUUCUCUUCACAUUUCUCGGAUUUCUCUGGUUGGUUACAUGGGCAUAUAGGGUCCCGAAUGAUCCACAAGAGAGCACUUGUAUCAGUAAAUCGGAGUUGAAGCUUAUCCAAGCCGGGAAAUCGGAUCCUUGCCAGAGCAAGGGCAAGCUUCCACCUCUAUCCCUUCUUUUCUCAAAAAUGCCAACCUGGGCAAUAAUUUUUGCUAAUAUCACCAAUAAUUGGGGCUACUUCGUUCUUUUGUCGUGGAUGCCAGUUUAUUUCAAUACUGUUUUUGGUGUAAAAUUGAAGGAGGCAGCUUGGUUUAGCGCAGUUCCAUGGGGAACAAUGGCCGUUUCGGGCUACAUUGCUGGCGCGAUGUCUGAUUAUUUAAUCAAAUCCGGUUACUCAAUAACAUCCAUCAGGAAAAUCACUCAGUCGAUCGGUUUCAUUGGGCCCGGAACAGCAUUGCUUGGCUUGAACUAUGCCACGAGCCCUGCAGUCGCGGCCAUAUUCAUGACAAUGGGUCUCAGCCUGAGCUCCUUCAGUCAAGCUGGGUUCUUACUGAAUAUGCAUGAUAUAGCACCACAAUAUGCUGGAUUUCUACAAGGGAUUUCAAAUUCAGCAGGAACAGUAGCAGCAAUAGUGAGUACAAUAGCAACAGGAAUGUUUGUGCAGUGGCUGGGAUCUUUUCAAGCAUUCUUAACUCUAACUGCUUGUCUCUAUUUUGCUGCAACUAUCUUUUGGAAUCUCUAUGCUACUGGAGAAAGAGUCUUUUAGCAUUCUUGUUUCUACAAACUUACAUUACCUUUUGUUCUAAUGUGGCAAUUUAAAUAAGUAUAUAUUCUAUAAACUGAUGAAACACUAUUCUGUUUGGUGAGAAAAAAAAAUAUACUACAA